AAAGGAUGAAGUAAGGAACAAUUGUGUGUGGCCUGGACUGCAACCAUCUCGGGCAUUCGGGAUAUCCUGGUGCGGCCAUACCCCCCAUCCCAUGCCCCCGUUACCGCUGUUGAUUGACUUUGUUUAUCACAGCUCACGGUGAGCUGUAAUUACUGUUUACUUUAUCCGCUGUGGUUUGGGAGGACUCGCCCUGACACCUGACCCCUGACUCAUUCUACUCGGUACCCCUCCCCUCCCGUCUUGCCCAGGCUUGCUUGCAACAUCUUCUUGCUUCGUGAUAGCAUAGCAUCUACACACCAUGGCAGAUUCGUUGCUUCUUGUGCCGGUACAGUUGCAGGCGUUCGUUCUGAACCCGGCGGUGUGCAACACUGGACAGGAUGGCGACGAUGGGGCCCGCAUCGUUCCAAUCACCCAGCCAAACUACACCUUCCUUCGUCUGGACAACUUUGUUCUUCAAAGCGAUGUAAUGAACCAUGCAGACAUGCACAACUCUGCCCCAGCGGACAAAAACUCGCGCAUGACAGAUCUGGGGGCGAGACCAGACCCUGCUCCUCGUCGAAACCGCCAUGGAGUUUACAUCCACUGGAUCUUGCCCCAGGUCUACCGCACGGGUGUGACCUCGGCCGACUCGGUGCCAGAGAAUCGGCGAGACCAUGAGCGGCUCCAACGCGGAUUGCCACCAAGGGACAAGAAUCUGAAGACCGCCGAGUCCAGCAACACGCCCGAAUUCCUCCAGCCCCCGACUAGAUGGAUUGUUGUGCGCAAGCUGGACCUGGAUAGUAUUUCCCCAGAAUCUGCCAAAUCCAGCUUCAAGGAGUACCAGGCUUGGGUGAUCGAAAGCGACUACCGUUGGAAGCUGGACUGCAUUCCGGCCGACUACGACCUCGAGGUUGACGUCUCCCCGUUUGUCGUCGGGGUGGCCGAUGGACACGAUGGACGGGAUGCCAACAUUGUGCAGCAAGCCGAGGUGUUCGUCGGGAGGAAGACACCCCUCGAGAAGUGGACCUCGGGCCAGGAAAAGGGAACCGCGUACAUCGACAACAUGAGUCUACUCCGCAGCAACAACCAACUGUUCGCCGAUUUCCAGCUGCACAACUCCAAUGUCUUCAGCAUCUUGGACAACUUCCAGUAUGACGGGCCCGACGGGUCACCACUCUACCUGGACCACGCCAAUGCGAGCUACUACCUCUUUGGCUGGCACAAAGACAAUGUCACAGAUCCUCUCUAUGACGAGUCCCGGCAGUUUACCCACUCGCAGAAGCUCGAUGGUCUGUUCAUGACGCUCGUCGACAGCGGCAUCUCGGAGGUUACCGAUGCAUGGCUCAAGUCGUCAGAUCCGGCACGCCUGUGUUGCCACGGCGCCAUUUACGACGUGAAGUGGGACCACAGCUCGAAGCCCAAGUCGGUCCCAGCGGACGACUAUGCUGCAAGAAUCAAGAACCAUGAAGUUGCCGCCCUUUCCAUCGGUACGACGCCAAUGGAUGCCCUGCUCACCUACUGCAAGGCACGCGAAGGGCACGAAGAGGGUCUGAUAGCCAAGUUGGAAGAGGACAUUCUGGCCAUCGACUCGCUACUGCACGCCCGAGACGACGGUGUCGAGGGACAGCGCGAGGCCAAGGACACGGUGUAUAACUGGAAUUUCUCCCGCGCCAAGGGGGGCACACACUUCUUCCUCGGCGGCGAAGACUCAACUGGAAGGCCAACGAAGCCCAAUGAUGAUUCCAUCGGGGCCCUGGAGGAGAUCAACCAGCUCCAACAGCUGCUCGAUGGCUGCGACCGCCUGGCUCGUCAGCGUCGCUGGGACAUGUUUUCCCUCUGGUGGAAAUACGUCAGUGACGUGUCCAACAAGGAUCGGCCGAGCAAGAACCCGACGUACAACAGCCAAGCCACCGACCUCGCCACGCGAAUUAGCCAGAUGCAGUCCUUCAUCGUCACCCUGCGCCGGCAGAUAGAAGAUAAGAGGCAGCAGAACACCCCCCUAGCCACCUCAAAGACCGGCACCCUGCCCUUCUUUUAUCGGGCCCGCGAUCCUACCUUGCUCGUCGGUGGCGUCGAGUCAGGAUGGCCCGCUGAUUUCUCCAACAAUGUCUCGGUUCGACUACCCGUGCAGACAGUCGUAUCAGACCACGCGUUCCCCGAUACCCUCCCUCUCAAGGAGCAGCAGCCCUCCAAGGAUCCCCCGAAAGAACAUGCGUAUCCCCAAUUCCACGACUCACCCGGCGGCGAGGCCACACUGCGAGAUGAGUGGGGUGAUCGGCAGCCGUGGUUCCCGCUCUACGUCGAGUGGGAAGCAGAAUACACCCACGUCCCCUUCGAGUGGUGGGCCCUGGACGAACAAGCAUCCCGGCUAUCGGACAAUAAGCUCGUCCGGUAUGGCGUCGAGAUUGCGAAGCGCCUGCAGUCCCCAAACACGAAGGAGCCUCCCGACACCCGGAUCCUUUCGGGGCGGGUCCUUAUCCUACCCCAGCCAAGUUUCUCCCUUGCCGCCAAGAUUCUCAAUGAGUACCUCUCUGAAGAUGAGCGCAAAAACCUACUGGACCACAUCAACGAGCUGUCAUACUUGUCUUGUCCGCUGUCGGGACUCACCGAGGGCCUGCUCACACUCAACCAGGGCACGCAUGUAAAACCCGAGUACAAAGAGGUGGCGCGGGACGGGGACAAGGUCACGGCGGAGAACAUCGAGCUUAUCGCCGGCAAUUCCGCGUUUACACCCUUUGCGGCGUCGGCGAGCUUUGCCAACGACAAGUAUUGCCCGUUCAAGCCGGCCACGCACGGUCAGAUGAGAUUCCGGAAGCUCAACAUCAUCGACAAGUUCGGCCAGGCGGUAGUCGCCAUAGAUCCGCAGCCACGCCUGGAAGGUCACCCACCUCUGUACCCCUGCAUCAGCGACUUUUACGAGCCGCAGGGGGUCCAGGUGGGUGAUGAGAAGGUCGCCAACACGGUAAUUCAGAACAACGGUGGCGCGUGCGAGUUCAUCCAGCUGCCCCCUCAGAUCAAUCAGAACGCACGGCUCAACGCAGAGUUUAUCACCACGACCGCCCUCCCUGCUCCUACUCCUGCACCCCCCACAUCCACCGGGAAACCAAAGGCAAAGGAAACGCAGUCACCGCCAUACUGGCGCCCUACGACGGAGUGGGAGAGUCCCAUCUGGGGGUGGAUCGUAACCAACUACGCGGACUACGGCAUCCAGCUCUUCCUCAAGGACGGCACCUUUUACGGCGAGGUUCGCAUCGGGGGACCCAACGGGGCACUCGAAUCACCCAAGUGGUCUCCGUUCGAACCUCCCAAGCCUUCCCCCACAACAACAUCGAAUGAUCUUGCCAGGCUCGACGCCCUGAUCCAGCGCCUCAGGCAGCCAGACUACCUCAAGGGGUUCUGGUCGAUGCUAACCAUGGCCCUGGACAGCUUGCCCCCUGCUCCAAGCUCCUACGCCCAGUUUCUUGGUUCGGUCGUCGGCAAGCCCCUGGCAUUGGUAAACACCGGCUGGUCGCUCGAACUGGACUCCCCGCCGCUCACCAACCAAUCAACCCGCUCCAAGAUCUCUACCCCCGAGCGGCAGCUCAUCGACCCCUCCAAUCCCGACGACGGAUACAUCUUUCAUGUCAAACUUGGCGACAAAGAACGCGAGUACGACGGCCUGGUAGGGUACUUUGACGGCUACUCCCAGCCUGACCCUGAAUCCGGCGAAGAACUCGCGUACGACUUCGUCAAGACCUACUUCGUCUCCAAGAACAACGAAUUCAAGAACCUCAUUCCAAUCGCCAAGGACAACUACCCCACCUUCAAGCCCUACUAUGUUCCCCCCUUCCCCGAGGACGAUCCCCCCAAUUAUUCGGGGCUCGUAUCCCCGCGGUCGUAUGCAGACCAACACAACUCCCAGCUGGGCCUACACGUGUUCGGAGCCAUUGUCGACCCUUUCACCGCCAUCCAUGCAUAUUCCUCUUUUCUCCCGGCCACGGCGCUGGCGUUGAGAUCGUGGACCUGGCAAGACGCGCUGAACAACAUGGUCGCCUUCCUCCACGCCGGUCCGCUCACUCUGAUCGACGACGUCAAGGGCUACGACCCCUCUAGGAAACUGACGGCCGAUAUCGCAAAGGAGAGACCCCCGGUGAAUGUGGGGUUGCCGGCGCUGGCUGCGGGCGAUUGGAACUGGUUGCAGCCGUAUGUUGAUCCGACGCCGCCCCAGGACCAGGGAAAAGAAGAAGAAGACGUGCCGGUACCGGUGUACAAUGCGUACGGGAUUGAGAAGAAGGGGAAUCUGUUGAGUCCGGGGUUCCAGAACGCGCCGUACACGGCUGUGGAGGGGUUCUUACAGUUGAGGAGGCCGAUCAUGACGGAGGAUCCCAAGACGGAUGAUGACGGUGACAAUGGGGAGUAA